GUAGGAGGUACCUUAUUAACCAAGAUUUUCCGAUGCUUCGUAUCCAUUUCUUCUGGACAUCCUGGACAUCCUGGACAUUCUGCAUUCUGAACACAUUGAACACUUCAAACAUGUGCCAUCUGGGCCACGAUUCCUGACGACCACCUUCCAUUCACCUGUAUAUUUCCCACCGUUUUAAUUGGUUCUGUUUUCUCCCCUUAUUAUGAUCAUUCCCGCGAUAGUCUAAGCUACCAUUCAUUCGUUCCUUGAUAUCGAUCUCUCGACUUAGACACGAAUUUGGGGCAGUGGACCUCUUGGCGAAGUUAAUGAAUAUAAAACAAUAACUACCACAAUGGCCAUCGCGAGGCCUGUCCGCGCUCUUGCGCUUGCUGUCUUCCUAGUCAGCUGUUUCUUUCUAUACACAAUAUGGCGUCCUGCUUCUUCUGGCGUACCCAGCAUAAAGACCUCCGCCGACUUUCACGGCACUAUCGAAAGGGAUCCGAACUUAGAUCCUACUGGAGAACCCGAAGGUAAACUCGUACGCGCAACCGAAGGAGGAUACGCCCCCGGUAUCGCUGGUACCUCCAGAAUCAAUGCGACGAUCCUGACGCUGGUGCGAAACGAGGAGCUGGAUGGAAUAUUACAAUCGAUGCAGGACUUAGAACGAACAUGGAACUCUAAAUUUAAUUACCCGUGGACAUUCUUCAACGAUGUUCCUUUCACUGAAGAAUUCAAGCGAAGGACACGAGCAGCAACCAAGGCUGAAACACGAUAUGAACUAAUUCCGAACGAGCACUGGGAUACACCGUCCUGGAUCAACGACGACUUAUACAAGGAAUCAGUCAAGAUUCUUGAAGAAAACGAAGUUCAAUAUGCCGACAAGAUUUCAUACCACAAGAUGUGUCGAUGGAAUAGUGGGCUCUUCUACAAGCACCCCGCGCUAAAAGAUAUGCAAUACUACUGGCGUGUAGAGCCCAACGUCCACUUCUUCUGCGAUGUCGACUAUGACGUAUUUCGUUAUAUGCAAGACAACAACAAGACCUACGGCUUCACUAUCACCCUUUACGAUGCUCCCAAAUCGAUUCCCACUCUAUGGCCAGAGACGACCAAAUUUAUCACGCAGCAUCCUGAGUAUCUCCACGAGAAUAGGGCCGAACAAUGGCUGACCGAUAAGCAACGACGUCCUAUCCACUGGGAACUUGCAAAUGGCUAUUCGACAUGCCACUUCUGGACCAACUUUGAAAUUGCCGAUAUGAAUUUCUGGCGAAGCCAGGCGUACGAAGACUACUUCAACCACUUAGAUCGCGCGGGUGGCUUCUUCUACGAAAGAUGGGGCGAUGCACCCGUGCACAGCAUAGCGCUCGGUCUAUUUGAAGAUAAGAGCAAGAUUCAUUGGUUCCGCGACAUCGGAUACCAGCAUAUCCCUUUCUUCAAUUGUCCUAACUCGCCGAAAUGCAGAGGCUGCGUUACCGGCCGUUUAACUGACGGCGAGCACUGGUUGCAUAAAGAAGACUGCCGACCGAACUGGUUCAAAGUCGCUGGGAUGGGCUGAACGUGACCAAGAGAAGGGAUGUUUUAGGAUACAUGAAAUACAACGGCUGCAUGAUAUUGCCCGAUGCUGUACUAAUGUCUGGGAAAUCCCAUUAUGGAUACGGAUAGCAUGGCGGCAUGCGGUGUUUCGGCGUAGAAGGAGAGGGCACUUCAUAGAAAGGGGGCUGUUUCUCAGGUUGGCAUGGUACAAUUAGCCAAGUUAUUUUACCAGGAUCCGAUUUGAAGGGUCGUCUGUAUCAGGUGUCGAAAGAUGCCGUUCGAUACGUUGGAUAUCUUUUAUGGAAUCAUAAGAGUAAUUGAAUGAUGUAGGGGAUACUUGUAUCAAUUAU